AUGGGCAUCCAUGCUGUUAGCGUCAUGCUAGAGGCUCUCAAUAGAGAUGCCCAACAUGCUACUAUCGCCAAGUUCAUUCAAAAUGAACUUGACGCAGAACGCGAGAAAGUAGCCUUGCUUCACCAACAAGGUUCUCAACAAGCAGAGUUGUUGAGAGAACAAGGUGCUCAACAGUUUGAACUGUUGAGACAGCAGCAGGCUGCUGCUGGCGGGUCGAUGCACUCGCGUCGGCCCGAGACUUUGAAGAUUGACAUCUCAAAGUAUAGGGGGGUCGAAGAAGACUCCCUCUUGAGAUGGUUCGUCGAGUUGGAUGACGCCAUAAGGGCGCGUCGCAUCGACGACGGGGAUAUGCAAGUUGCAUUUGCCCAGUCAAAUCUGGCAGGACGUGCCAAGACUUGGGCACUGGGGCUCAAGCUGCACGACCCAUACGCGUUUGGGUCGUUGGAAGUCUUCAAGUCGCGGCUCAGACAAACGUUUGAACCGCCUAGAGCUGAGUUCAGAGCUCGAACCGAACUCUUGAAGCUCAAGCAGGGUAAGCGUGAUGUGCACGCUUACGCUCAACAUAUACGACAUCUCACGAGUUGUAUAAGUUCCAAUCCGGUGGAUGAACACACGUUGGUUUCGGUGUUCAUGCAGGGUCUUGCGGAUGGUCCCGUCAAGACUCACCUGUUCCGGCUUGAACUAGAUUCACUAGAACAAGCCAUUUCAAUUGCGGAGCAGGAAGACUUCAGUCUGAGACAGGCUCGCGCCAGCUCGACAUCAUAUCGUCAACCGAGACGAUAUGACAACGGAGGUCCAGAGCCGAUGGAACUCUGUUAUGUAGAGAGCGAGAAGGCUCGCUCUACAGGCUACAAGAAGUUGCAGAGAUGCAACAGAUGUCAAAGAGACAGGACACUACGCUUACGAGUGUAG